UGUUCAUUGUGAAGAGAACCAAUUUGCAAUUUGCCCUUAGUUUUAUCGGGAAAUGUUUACUUGAGUGUUGGCAGGAUUUCAAGCCGAGGCGGCGGCAUUUUUCUCAUUGCGUCAAGCACUGGGGUACUGCUAUUCAUAAAGUUUCACUUCACAGCAGUUUGUUAUUCACAAUUUUAUAAAGUAUUGGUUUAUAAACAACCUUCGUAACCUCUAUUAAAAUUGACAUUGUCAACGCCUUUUUAAAAGUGACAUUUACCGAUUAAUGGCGUUCGUGAAUAAAACUGAAAUUGGGCGCGCCCAACUGCGCGCAUUGAACUCGUAUAUUUAAUUAUUUUAAAAGGUUUAAACAUACGGAAAGCGUUACAGAGAAUGGGGGAAUUUUGCGAACCGUCCAAGGAAAACUUGCCUAUUGCUUUUGUAAACCCUUGAAAAUACCAGUAUAUUAAUUUUGUACCUUCCUGAUAUUUGCCACGCCUUAAUUGUUGCGCGAUUAUUGGUUGUCUAUGAACGCGCUCCAGUUUUACAACCACUUGUCCUAACCUGUUGGGUUCUUGUUGUUUAUUUACAUUUAGACCAGGGAAAUGUGGAAAAUUCAGUUUCAACGGAGUGAGUGAGUCAAUUGGACGUUUUUCCAUUAUUAUUGGUAGUAUUGACAGUGGUCAGCAUGUUAAUUUGCACAUUUUAUGGAAGAAAAAGUGAUGUCAUCAUUCAACUAGGCCCCAGGCCUUUGUUAUAAGUCCUCUGUAUAACGCCGCGGGUCUGAUUGCUCACGUACCUGGAAAAGAUGUGAUUUACAACACGAUAAAAAUUAAACCGUUUGCGUGCCGCUCAUUUGCCAAAGGGCGCCUUAGUGUGUUUCGAUUCUUUGCUAAACUGUGCGUUUUUUCGAAAUAUGUGUCACUGUUCGAUAUGGCGUGGUUUUUUUGGAUUCUAGUGCUGAUUGAACGUAGUUCACAGAUUGAAGCAUUUGAAGGUCCAGGAGCGUUCCAUUGGGACAACCCGAACGUCUGGCAGUACGAAACAACAUGCCUGUCCGGCCCUAUGCCGUAUAACUUGUGCACGACGUGCGCCAAGAGACCUUUUGUGUCGCGGAUCUUCAACUGCCAAGACUCGUCUGAAGAGGAAACGUGCAGCUUCCAGACGGUGCCGCAAACAUCAGACGACGGAUGCGGCCUGAGGAACAUGUUCGCAUCGUUGGCCUACUGGGAACCUGCCAGCGACAACUCCACCUACUGGUACCCGGCCAGAAGAAGCAUGGAUUACGGCCCGUACGAGUUCACGAUGUGGGGCGGAUGGUACGGGCUGAACGUCCUGGAUAAUAUCACGAUUGAACGCGCCGAUCAGUCGAACGUUUUCCAGAAGGACUGUCUGGUUUAUGAUGGAAUCGGGGGACUCGUUAGUCCGGAGUUUUGCCAGGCGAUGCACAGGCAUAAUUGUUCAGUGGGGAUGUUCGAAAAGGAUGACUUUUGCCUGUCCAGUCCCUGUGUCUCUUGUUGGAACAACGAUUUUUGCGUCACGGAUCAUUCCAUGUGUCCUCGACGGGCCCCGGAGGGUUGGAACCGCUAUGAUCCUUCGCCUCUAUGUGGGUCCUGCCAGCGGCAGUUCAAUUACUGCUCCAGACAAGUGGAUAUGGUGCUGUCCUUCAACCGGUUCCUCUAUCUGACUGUCUACUAUCCAGAGUGUCUCUAUAGGCGCGGCCAUCCAGAGUUUAUCUACUGCUUCACUGAUGCGGGCGACGAGCUGAGGAAGCGAGUGCGCGUCAAGGUGGUUUAUCGGCACAUUGUGCAGCAUCCGCCCAGCCCCAAUAACUUCAUCGUUUAUCAGCUGACUCGUGAAAGGCACGUGGGGCAGUACUGGUGCGAAGCACGCGGGUCCAGGGAUGAAGAUCGCGAAUACCAAUCCAACACCUUGAUUGCCUACGAGGCCUUGGCAGGAAGUGAGUUUGCGGUGCGGCUAAAGAUCCAUCAAGUCUGCAACUUCACCGACUGCAGUUCCCUCAACCAGCUCAACCUGCUGAUCGACGACGUGAAGCAGCCCCUGCAAAGGUUCGCUAAAGUGCGGCUAAUGAAGGUGGAGGAAUUCGCCAGAGGCUCCUAUGCCGACUUGGUGGUGCAUGCCAGCACUUACAACCCGCGGCCGGGGGUGGUGGCCGAUUUCCUCCAGCUGCAGGAGCUGCUGCAGAGCUAUCCCGAGCACAUAGAGGUGGAGUAUGUGAGGAGCAGUGACUACUGCCUGCCGGGAGUUUACCGCAACUUAACUUGGCCGUUUGCGCGUCGCUUUCGUACAGUUCUCCCCUCGGAGAUCUGCCUCCAAGCUGACGGUUCUCCGGUUUCCCGGUUCUGCGACGGCGAUUUCCUCCAUGGCUUGCACUGGAGGGAAAUUUACGGCAACUGUUCCGCGGAGCGCGAUCUAAACCAGGACACCUUGUUGUUGCAGUCCUACCUCAACCUCUCCAUCUCCCAGACGGUUUUCCAGAACGUCACUGAUAUUGUGAGCACCUCUCAGCUGACUAUGAUUGAUCUAUACAUAGUGUCGCAGUUUCUGGAUAAGUCCUCCCAGUUGAGCGUCAACAGCUCGGUUCUGGAUGGGUUGCUCAAUGUCUUGGACGCUCUGCUGGACAAGGACCUGAAUCUGCUCUUCACCGCUCAGGAGACUCUGAAUGUAACCGACUCCUAUCUGAGAGCCAGCGAGCUUCUGGUGCUCAACAUGUCCGAGCCUUCGAGCUUGUUGAAGGACAAAGUGAUUGUCCACUCGUUCAACCCGAUUGCUCAGAAUGUGUCGGGAUUUGUGCUCUAUCGGAAUCACUCAAUUCGGGACAUUCAGGUUUCCAGCGGGUUUGAGGGCAUUGAGGACUUGGAGGAGGUGACGCUGGCGCUGAACAUUUCCACCAGUGAUAUUGAUGAGAUAGUGGCUAGCAACUUGACCAAUGCCACUGUGGUUGCGUUGAUUUACUUGAAUGAUAAGUUCUUUCCGUCCAACACGCGCAAUGUGGCUGAUUUGGUGGUGAAUUUGAAUAUCCCCAACUAUGAGAAUUACCUGCAGAGCCCCGUUCCUCUGCUGGUGAACGCGCAGGGGCGGUCCUUUCUGAAUUGCGCCUUUUGGGAUUAUGGGGAUUUGAGGGAGCCGAAGCGAGGAAAUUGGUCAUCAUCCGGCAGUAGUUAUGAGGGCACUUUCAACAACCAAACUAACCUGCAUGUUUGCUCGUACACUCACCUCACUCAUCUGGCUUUGUUGGUGCUGAACAAGCAGAACGAUGAGUCGAUUGAAGGCACCAACGAUCAGAUUCUGAGCGUGAUCACCGCAAUGGGGAGUCUUCUGAGUCUAUUCGGGAUAUUGGGGAUCUUCCUCACUUCCUGCCUGUUCAGGUCUUGGAGGGACAAAUCUGGGACACAGAUUCUGCUCCAUCUUUCCGUGGCUACUUUGCUGGAAAUCAUCUUCAUGUACAUGAACGCUUCGAAGCUGUUCGCCUGUCCGGUGGCCGGCUGCAUUCUUCAGUAUGUGAUCAUCAGCAAGUUCGCCUGGAUGCUCAUCUACGCCUUCUGCCAGUAUUUGAGGUUCGUUCGGGUGUUCGGCCCCAUGCCGAACCAUCUGCUUCUCAAGUCCAUCGUCUUCGGUUGGGGCUUCGGAGUGGUUCCUUCUGCCUAUGUGGUGAUUUCCAAUCCGAGCACCUACUAUAGAGAGCGCUUCUGUUACCCGAACGGUCUUUACCUCUUUCUCGGCCUCUACCUACCGGUAGUCGCGGCUCUUCUCAUCAAUUGCUGCGUUUUUUGCAAAAUAAUGUUCGAAUUGACGCGCGGCAAACUGGAUAAAUUUCACUCGCGGCGCGCCACCAUCCAGCACAUUAAGCUGGCUGUUUUGCUGUUCUCUGUGCUGGGUAUUCCCUGGCUUUUUGGCCUCAUUUCCAAUUUCAUCCCCUGGGACUGGCUGAAAGUAAUUUGCGUCUACAUUUUCACAGUCGGUUCCAUCUUCCAAGGCUUCCUCAUGUUUUUGUUCUACGUGAUCUUCAACAAGGAGACCAGAGAGGGCUGGAAACGAUUGUUUCUGGAUCAGCGCAAUUAUCAGGCGUUUCCUUCGAAGAAAGCCACUUCCAUAUCCAGUGUCUCUUGAUUGGAAAAUGUUCCAAAAAAGCAGCUAUUUUUUAUAAUUUUCAUUGGUGGUGUUUCAUUUAAGAGCGAAUUUUGGAUCGGUGGAGAAACAAACGGCAACAAAAAUCCAUCGGCAAUUAAAAAACCGGCUUCUGUUUUUUUACCGAUUUGAAAUGUCUUAUGGUGCUUUCCAUUAACAUCCCUUGCUUAUCACUGAUUUUCUUCAAGGGUUAUGGAUCAUAAACUUACUUCUCUGGAUUUCCGCAAGGAAAACAGAAUUAAUCCAGUGACUUCAGUUGAUGGUCUGAAGUAUUUUGCUGUUAAAAAUACAAUUUUCUUUCGCGAAUUAAGCUAGUAGGUAAUGCAUAUUUUGUACAAUUGUAAUGUGUUUAUAUGACGCAAUAAAGAAAUAUACGUA